CGCUCUCUCGCUUCUAUUUCAAGGGCAUUUCCCGCGGCCAUCGAUCCCCAGAGAGGGAGAGGGGGGAAAGAGAGAUUUCAGGAUGGAGUUAUUGCUUUGGGAUAUUGAGCUCAAAGAAUGGAAUGGAAGAAUGCCUUGAUCACAAACGACAACGACAACAACAACAUCAACAAAAACUGCUAACAGAAGAACAACUAGAACAGCGAAGGGAACGUCUUCGGACUUACAUGAGCCAAAGGUGGUUGCAGAUGACUAGUGAAGAGAGAGAACGUCUAAGGGAACGGCGACGGAACACUGAUCGGCUAAGAAGAUUACGCAUGACUGAAGAGCAACUUGAAAGACGAAGGGAGCAGAGAAGAAAUUACAUGCGCCGGCGGCGUAAUAUAGCACUCGGGCUUCCACCUAAUACGGGUAUCGUAGGAUAUCAACCACGAAUAAAAUAUGAGCCAUCACAUGUGGGAGUCACAAAUAUCUUGCGUGUUCAAGGAAGAACUCGGUUGAAUCAUAUACGGCAACAAGCUCGAAUGAGAACUACUCAAGCCAUAGAAAGGAUGGAAGAUGGUAUUCAAGUCACUAAGGCGAGGAUUGAUGACCAGGUGCUGCUAGAUAGAAUGAAAAGUAAUGAAGAUAGUGGUGAAGGCCAUGAAAUUUUCUGGAGUGGAAGAAGAAUGCGCUUGACUGAAAUACGUCGUCUAGCUCGACUAGCCGGGAGUCAACAGAGUGAAAAGACGCAAGAUGUGAAGAUGGAAAUAGAAGGAGAGGACAGUUACCAUGAUGAAGGUAUUGAUCAAAGCAAUGGCAUCCUCCAAAACCAAAGAAGGUUGCGCUUGACUGAGAUACGACGCCAAGCUCGAUUGUUAAGUGAUUAACCAGAAGAGCCAGAUUCCUGAUAUAGACGUUUGAAUCAAGAAUGUCAUAUGAAGAGAAGAAUACAUGUACUUGGUGAAGGUUGUAGUCCAUCAACAAUGUUCAUUAACCUUUUCUGUAACCUUCUACUUGUUUUAGCUGAAUAGUUGUAUUUUAUCUUCAAUGUUAUAAAUCCAUAGCUAGAUGGUGCAACAUGA